AAAGGACAACAGUUAAAUAGAAGAUACCAACACUAUUGGUAUCCAGCGGUACGGAGCUGCUGCAAACUCCAUUUGGCAUAAUUCCCCACACACACACACACACACGAACACGAACACACACGCAAACAAACACACACACACACACACAGCCACACACAUCGUCUCAGAAGCUCGCAUACAGCGACACACACAGCAAAAAGUCGAUUUUUCACCAACAUAAAAGUUGUAUAUGUGCAAAACUUUCAAUUGCUGCAUUUGCACACUAGACGCAUAAUUAAAUAACCAACUGUACAAACGCAAAAAAUAUACAAAAAACCGUUCUCAAGAUGUGCAACGCGAGUGUGUGAUAAAGAAGUGAGCAGUCCAGAGGAUUUCCCCAAUUAUUGUUUUUUCCGUAUUCGCGUAUUUGGCUGCCCCAAAAUGCUGAGCUCAUCAUAGAGAGCGUUGAAAAGUUUGUGGCAGCAGCAGCACCAGCAGCACUGAUACAAAACUUUUAGUCAAGCAACCAACACUCUCCAACCCCCAUCCCCGUCCCCCUCAGGCUCAAAAUUGGCCUGUUGUGUUGUGUUUUGUGAUGAUAUGUUUAUGGUAAUAAGUAAAGUGAUAAUAACUCGUGUGACUAGACGCCUAAAAGGCUGUUGAGCAAUGCACAACGGCCGGGGGCAAGCGACGCCGACGACGAGAGCCUGAGUCGGAGACUGAGCCUCAGCCUGAGCCGGAGCCGGAGCUAGAAGUUUGGGGUUUGUGCAGCAACAACAGCAACAGCAACAGCAAUCGAAGUAGAAGCGGGACAACGAUAAGCAAAAGCUACGGCUGCAAAACGAGAACAACAACGACGAGUGGAACGACCAGGUCGACGACUAGGACGCGCACAUGGCGAGCUGGAGCUGGAGCAUCGUGUGCACAACGCUGCUGGCCGGCCUGACGUUACUCACGGUGACCCACACGGUGCGCAUUACGAAUCUCCGAGUGCCGCACACCUACACACUCGAACGUGAUAAUGAGCCAGAUCCUCUGGUGUUGGACUGCGAGUACGAGAUGGGGCCGAUGGAGAAGGGCUUUGUACUCAAGUGGCUGUUCAACAAUCACUCCAUCUACCAGUGGAUACCCUCCGUAAAGGGUUUCGCCAUGGGCUUCAUGAAGGCAAAGAUAGACACCAAAAUAUUCACCAUGGAGGGCAGUCCCGGUGUUAUAUCGAUAAAGAAUCCCGACUGGAACAUGACGGGGGAAUACACCUGUGCCGUGCAAACCUUUGAGUCCACGGAUAAGCGAAGUGCCCGCUUACAAAUAAUCGUUCCUGAGUCCGAUUUCAUGCUGGAGGCACGCAUGGGUGGCGAGCAAUCAGAUGUGGACAUUAUGUGCGCGGUGCAAAAUGUUUUCCCACAGCCGGUGCUCUCUGUCAUCUUCGAUACACACAUACUGGACUCGGUGCUCACACAGUUGGAUCAGAAUCCGAGCGGUCUGUACAGCAUGACGGUGCGGACGCGCAUUCCUAGAGAUCAACUCGAAUCACCCACACCGAUAACAUGUGCGUUUUUCCUGCUUGGCACUAACUAUACCAAACGCAGGGAGACUAUUUUUUAUGAUAAAGCCACAAAUAUACAACGCAAAUGGACAACAGUCGCCGUAGUUAUGUCGAUCGCAUCUUUAGCUUUAAGCAGUUAGUUUCGUAGUGAUUUUUGUAGGCUAUGUACGUAUUU